AUGUAUAGUGUAUAAAAAAAUAUUCAAAAUGAUUCAGCGGGAAAAGCUCAACCAUCGAGCAUUAGAUGUUUGUUCAGCUCACAACGAUAUAACCCUAUUAUCCCAACACUCACAAGUGAACAGUUACUGAUCAAGAUGGAUGAGAAUACUUUGCAUAUAUUGUUCAGUGAAAAUAUAAUCAACGGAAACAUCACGAUUUCGUUGGCAGUGAGGAAUCUCACUACCGACGAAGGGAGUGCCUAUGACAGUGACAACGAAACGGAAUACUACACAGACUACAAUCUCACAGAUAUUUUCGGCCCAAAGAGAGAUCCACUGUAUAUAGUAUUGCCAAUCACGGUAAUCUACCUGUUGAUCUUCGUGAGUGGCGUCAUUGGGAAUGUGAGCACGUGCAUCGUGAUAGCACGGAACAAGGCUAUGCACACGGCCACGAACUACUACCUUUUCAGUCUGGCCAUUUCAGACUUCCUUCUACUGAUCUCUGGUGUGCCACAGGAGAUGUACUACAUCUGGUCGAAGUACCCCUACGUCUUUGGCGAGACGUUCUGCGUUCUUCGAGGACUGGCAGCUGAAACCUCCGCCAAUGCCACCGUUCUCACCAUCACAGCAUUCACAGUCGAGCGCUAUGUGGCCAUUUGCCACCCCUUUCUCUCCCAUACCAUGUCAAAGCUCUCCCGUGCGGUUCGUCUGAUUGUCUUCAUUUGGAUUCUAUCGCUCGCCCUCGCCAUUCCACAGGCCCUCCAAUUUGGAAUUCUUAAUCACCUGGGCAUCGAUCAGUGCGUAGUCAAGCGAAUAAUUAUAAAACACUCAUUCGAGCUCUCCACCUUCCUGUUCUUCUUCGCACCAAUGACUCUUAUCACUGUGCUUUAUGUGCUCAUCGGCCUCAAAUUACGGACAUCCAGCAUGAUGAAGAGAGAUGGUGGAUCCACUUGGAAUAGACGAGGACAUAUAAACUCUUGUCGACAGCAAACUCAUUUGGGCACUAAACGGGUCCUUAAAAUGCUUGUGGCUGUUGUGGUGGCAUUUUUUAUAUGCUGGGCCCCAUUUCAUGCUCAGCGCCUCGUGGCCAUUUACGGCACAGGACCUGAACAAUCGCUGGAUCCCUUCAUGCUUAAAAUUUAUGUGAUAAUGACGUACAUUUCCGGAGUUCUCUACUAUUUAUCAACUUGCAUUAAUCCCUUGCUUUACAACAUCAUGAGCAACAAAUUCCGGGAGGCAUUUAAGGAGACUCUGGCGAAAUGCUGCCACUUUCGGCGGCAACGGCACCAUGCGAAGCGCGCCUACAGAAUACUGUCGCGGAAUCAGCGAAGACGUUUCGGAGCUCAAGAGUCUUCAGAAUAUUCCGGGAACUCAAUCAGAGAUGAGAGUGUCUACUCUUCCUCUACUCAAAAGCAAUCCAUCGAUUCGGUGACUAUGUCCAGAGGCUAUUCUGUAAAUAGCCACCAGAACAGCAUGGCUGGAAUUGUGGACGAUGGCGAAGCAGAUGCAUACUUGUACCCUAUUGGUAUGGACAUCCUCAAGGAGUCCGCAGGCGAGGAGUACUCAUCGCACGGCAAGAAAGCACCACAGCUGCCGCUGUAUCACAAAACAGUGGUCAACAUUUAUCCACGCACGUCACCAAAUGGACAGUCGCACGGUCGCGUCCAUCAGAACUGUCAUGUUCGGGAGACCACACUCAACGACGAUGAUCUCGACAGGGAUGAAGUGCUUUUCUCAACACAGGACAAUAUUUGUCGCCACUGUGGGGCGGAUUUCUCGGCAGUCAAAUGUAGUCACAUAUACCACUUUUACCACGAAAACUCAAAGGAUUCGUGGGAUAUGCUAAGUUGCAAAAGUGAUUGGCAAGAUGAAGCCACGCAGAAUGGUGAAGGGAAUUGCCUGAAGUAUGCAGACAAUACUCAACUAUCUUCAAAAGAAGAUUCCGCAAAAGUCACAGAUGUGCAGUUCCUGGAGACGGAACUCGAUGCGUACAUGAAGCAACUGAAGCUACGUGAGAAGAGAUGAGAAAUGGAGUUGAGUGCCAACAUAGCGUGGCACUGAGCUCAGAGAUAUUAAUUGAUGUGAUUAUUGCACUGUGUAUUCAAUUCAAACGACAAUGUGAUAAUUUUUUCGUAUUAGACUCUCCUUCUGUUGGCAUUCUUGCAACCGAGUGUUACAAUUACCAUUGAUGAUGUUGUGCAAAUUACAUAAUAAUAAUAUUGAAAUAGCUAUAAAUGUUAAGAAAAGGUUCUAUAGUAGCUGAAUAU